AUGAUCAUCCUGGAGAAGACUCCUUUCCAGGAGGAGAAGCUCUUGGACCUGCUGAAGAAGCACACGAAGCUGGAGCUGCAGAUGCGCAACGACAUUUACAGCACGUACCACCUCUAUCCUCCCCCGGAGCUGAGCGAGAUCAAAACCACCGUGGUGUACCCUGCCACGGAGAAACACCUUCAGAAAUACCUCCGGCAAGAGGUGCACCUCAUCCGCGAAACCCGGGAGGACUACGAGAACGUAACGUUGCCCUUCAUCCAGUCGCAGAGCUUCAGCGUCCAGUGGGUGUACAACAUCCUGGAGAAGAAAGCUGAGGCCGAUCGCAUCGUCCACGAAAACCCCGAUCCUCGUGACGGCUUUGUUCUGGUUCCAGAUUUUAAGUGGAAUCAAAACCAGCUCGAUGACCUCUACCUCAUCGCCCUCGCCCAUCGCCGCGACGUCAAGUGUCUUCGGGACCUCACCGGCGAGCACCUCCCGCUGCUGAGGAACAUCGCGCGGGAAGGGACAGAGGCCGUAACGAAGCGUUUCGGCGUUCCGGGCUCCCAGCUGCGGAUCUACCUGCAUUACCAACCCUCCUACUACCACCUGCACGUGCAUUUCACCGCCCUGGGUUACGACGCCCCGGGCAGCUCGGUGGAGAGAGCCCAUCUCCUGGCAGACGUGAUCGACAACCUGGCGACGGACUCCUCGUACUACCAGAAACGGGCUCUCACCUUCGCCCUUCGGGCUGACGAACCUCUCUUUAAAAAAUUCCAGGAGGCGGGAAGGGCGUGA